ACAUUCACGAGAGUUUUAAAUGGUUCUGGACUGGUACACAUUCUGCUUCUUCAUUAACUGGUGCCAAAAUAUUACAGAGGAUGCCAUCCAUAUAAUCAAGUCAACAUGUCCUAACGUAAUUGUAUAUAUACAUUCAGCACAUCCAUGAUUCGUGCAAUUCUUAUUCUCUCUCAGGUCAAUGAGCCCGAGUGCCUUCGACAAAGAUGGGUUAAUAACAUAAGCAAUAUUGGUACCAUGCAGAACUGUACGACAAUGUGAGGACACUGGUGGUCAUAAUCUUCUAUAUCGUGCUUGUAAGGAAGGAAGACCAAAGAACAGAUUCUGAUUGCUAAGCAAAGAAACCCUGUCAGGAGGAACAAAAAUGUCACACACCAAGCUGCCUAAGGUGGUGGGCGAAUUUCGGGAACUAGACUUAAUCUUUAAAAGCGGUUCUGAUCUGGAUGUUGUAGAGAGGGGAUACGCACGGAAGUUGGUUCACGCUAUAAGUACUCAAAAUGAGGUUUUGGAGUGUGAAGCCUUGAAAGGUCUCGGAGACUUGUACCUGCACAAAGCAAAGAUGAACAAGCAUAAAGCAGAGAACUUCCACAAGGCCUGCUCGUUGUACACGGAACUCUUACGGUACUACACUAGUAUUGAGAAGAAGCAAGUUGUACAGCAUCGCAUCAGAUAUGCAGAGAAAUGCACGAAACUGAUCCAUGAUCAAGAGGUUCUAAAAGCGUGUGCUACGAAUACAGGCAGUAACAUAUUGGCUGUGUCCACGACCCUUCACGAAGUGAAAAAGAAGUCCAAGUUGAAAAGACAUGGUACGGUGCCCUUGGUUAAAGGUUAUACGAAGACGUUAGUGAAAGCAAUCGUGGAAGGAAACAAACGUUUGGAAGUAGAAUCUAUGAAGAGCCUGGGAGAUGUGUACCUAGAGAAGGGAAGGGUUGGUAAGGACGAGACAGCGUUCAGUAAAUCAGCUGGUCUGUACCGAGCGGCGCUGGACCGCUGUGAAGAUUCAGACGGCAGAGAAACACUAAGACACCGCAUCAAGUAUGUGGAGAAAGUCAAGGAGAAAGAACGCAAGAAACGCCGAGAAUCGGGACUAACCAGAAACAAGAAAGUUGGAAACAGCAGCAAAGACAAACAGGAAGUCACAGACAGAACGUACCAAGACCAGCUGCAGGAGGGCUGCAGGGCCCUGCAGACAGGAGACCUGGACACGGCAGAACGGAAAUUUGCAGCAGCGCUCAAGGCCGUUCAUGGGAAAGGUCAGCACUGGAUAGAGACAGAGCCCCUUUGCAAGUUAAGCAAUGUCUACCUAAAGAGAGGAGAGCAGUCAAAAGACGGAGGUGAUUUCACCAAGGCUGCAGCACUCAGUAACGCAGCACUGGUGAGAGCAAAGGUAGUAAACAAAGAGGGCAUCAAACACACAAUACAGGAAAUAACACAAUCUUUUGUUAAGCAUGUCCUAAGUAUCGAACAAACGGUACCCACGGAUGACAUAGAGAAACACAAAUCAGUGCUAAGAGAAUGCCGCUGCUAUGUGGAAGAAGAAAUCAAAAGAACUGAGCAGCAGAUAGAUCCUUACAGCCUUGAUGACAACGACCCAGAGAUAAGAGUGGCAGAGAAGAAGAGAGUGGAAGCAAACAAAGCCUUGUUUGACACUAUUGUUCAUCAGCGAAAAACAUUCAUAGCUGACCUUGUAGAUGAGUGUAUGGAGGUUAUGGGCCCCCGUGCCGCCUGGAAGAACCUUGGGGAUCACAGAAAGGCCGUCAGCUAUUAUGAACAGGCACUAGAGAUGAUGCGGAGUAUCUAUGGUGAGGGCAACGCACACCCUGAUAUCGCCUCGUCACUUAACAACUUGGGUGACGCCUGGAAGAACCUUGGUGAUCAUAGAAAGGCCGUCAGCUAUCAUGAACAGGCACUAGAGAUGAAGCGGAGUAUCUAUGGUGAGGGCAACACAUAUCCUGAUAUCGCCUCGUCACUCAACAACUUGGGUGCGGCCUGGAGUAAUCUUGGCGAUCAAAGAAAGGCCGUCAGCUAUUAUGAACAGGCACUUGAGAUGAGGCGGAGUAUCUAUGGUGAGGGCAACGCAUAUCCUGAUAUCGCCUCAUCACUCAACAACUUGGGUACCGCCUGGAGGAACCUUGGUGAUCAUAGAAAGGCCGUGAGCUAUCAUGAACAGGCACUAGAGAUGAUGCGGAGUAUCUAUGGUGAGGGCAACGCACAUCCUGAUAUCGCCUCGUCACUUAACAACUUGGGUGCCGCCUGGAAGGACAUUGGUGAUCAUAGAAAGGCCAUCAGCUAUCAUGAACAGGCACUAGAGAUGAUGCGGAGUAUCUAUGGUGAGGGCAACGCACAUCCUGAUAUCGCCGGGUCACUUAACAACUUGGGUAAUGCCUGGAGUAACCUUGGCGAUCACAGAAAGGCCGUCAGCUAUUAUGAACAGGCGCUAGAGAUGAUGCGGAGUAUAUAUGGUGAGGGCAACGCACAUCCUGAUAUCGCUUCGUCACUUAACAACUUGGGUAAUGCCUGGGGUGACCUUGGCGAUUACAGAAAGGCCGUCGGCUAUCAUGAACAGGCGCUAGAGAUGAUGCGGAGUAUCUAUGGUGAGGGCAACACACAUCCUGAUAUCGCCUCGUCACUUAACAACUUGGGUAAUGCCUGGAGUGACCUUGGCGAUCACAGAAAGGCCGUCCGCUAUUAUGAACAGGCACUAGAGAUGAUGCGGAGUAUCUAUGGCGAGGGCAAAGCACAAUCUGAAAUCGCCUCGUCACUUAACAACUUGGGUAAUGCCUGGAGGAACCUUGGUGAACAUAGAAAGGCCGUCAGCUAUCAUAAACAGGCACUAGAGAUGAGGCGGAGUAUCUAUGGUGAGGGCAACGCACAUCCUGACAUCGCGUCGUCACUUAAGAACUUGGGUAAUGCCUGGAGUGACCUUGGCGAUUACAGAAAGGCCGUCAGCUAUCAUGAACAUUCGCUAGAGAUGAGGCGGAGUAUCUAUGGCGAGGGCAAAGCACAAUCUGAAAUCGCCUCGUCGCUUAACAACUUGGGUACCGCCUGGAGGAACCUUGGUGAACAUAGAAAGGCCGUCAGCUAUCAUAAACAGGCACUAGAGAUGAGGCGGAGUAUCUAUGGUGAGGGCAACGCACAUCCUGAUGUCGCCUCGUCACUUAACAACUUGGGUAAUGCCUGGAGUGACCUUGGUGAUUACAGAAAGGCCAUCAGCUAUCAUGAACAGGCACUAGAGAUGAAGCAGAGUAUCUAUGGUAAGGGCAACUCACAUCCUUACAUCGCCUCUUCACUUAACAACUUAGGUAUCGCCUGGAGUCACCUUGGCGAUCACAGGAAGGCCGUCCGCUAUUUUGAACAGGCUCUAGAGAUGAUGAGGAGUAUCUAUGGUGAGGGCAGCGCACAUCCUGACAUCGCAGACUCACUUAAAAACUUGUGCGUUACCUGGAGAGACUUUGGUGAUUACAGAAAGGCCGCCUCUUACUACGCUCAGUUUACACGGAUAAAGCAGAUGAUUGAUGGCACUUAUAGGCUCUGA